CAGCAGCUUCUUCGGGAGAGGGUGUGGCCUUGGCGUCAGCACGCUCUGCCGAGCUGACGUGUGGAAGUUGCGCCUGCUGAGAUACGGAGGGGCCGAGCUAAGCUGGGGCCUGAGAGGCUGUGUUUGUUUUUGUUUCUCUCUCCCCCCGGCCUCCCAUGUCUGGUGUUUGAGGUUCUGUGGAAUCAGAAACUUGGGGAAGCUCGGCAACAUCUUUGAAUCCAUUGAUCUCUGCAGGAACUUGCAGCAAAAAUCUGUAACUGGAUCCACAGUUCUAAUGGCUGGCUGUGGGGAUAUCGAUCAUGCAUCAAACAUGAUUCCAGGAGGAAGGAAGUUGAAUGAGUCUUGCUCAAACAUAGCACCUUCUCUGACUGUACCGGAAUGUGCUAUCUGUCUUCAGACUUGUGUUCAUCCUGUUAAAUUGCCAUGCAAACAUAUCUUCUGUUUCUUGUGCGUGAAAGGAGCAUCUUGGCAAAGCAGACGGUGUGCACUGUGUCGUCAGGAAAUUCCUGAGGAGUUUCUAGACAAGCCAGCUUUGCUGUCCCCCGAAGAGCUCAAAGCAGCAAGCCGAGGAAAUGGGGAGUAUGCUUGGUACUAUGAAGGCACAAAUGGCUGGUGGCAAUACGAUGAGCGCACAAGUAUAGAGCUGGAAGAUGCUCAUUUGAAAGGCAAAAAGACAAUCGAAAUGCUCAUAGCUGGCUAUUUGUAUGUUGCGGACCUGGAGAACAUGAUUCAGUUUAGACGUAAUGAGCAUGGUCGCCGCAGAAAGAUGAAACGAGACAUAGCAGAUAUUCCCAAAAAGGGAGUGGCAGGUCUUCGUUUAGACUGCGAUUCUAGUGGAUUAACUUCGGAAAGAGAGAAUUCAGCAGAUGGAGCAGUUAGCGUUGCUGGUGCUGGAUCUGUAUCAAUACAGCCUUCUGUUUCUAUCAUGAGGCCCACAGUUAGACCAGCAACUUCAUUAGUUGAUCAGCCAGUAAGCCCAAUAACUCCUUCACCAGAUGCAAAUGUAUUGCUUGUGAACUCGCUUGCACAGUUGCAAGUAAGUGGCCAAAACCUGACCAGGAGUCAUAGAGGAGAAGGAGAAGAGCAAUAUGUCGCUUCUGUAAGUAGAGUUUCAGCUGCACAGCAUGCAGCUAGAAUGUCUUAUGAUAACACUGAGUCUGCAACAAGUUCUGAUACAGAGGAUGAGAACACCAGUCAGCAUCAUGAGUCUCCAACCUCCAACCACAGCAGACAAAGACUCACUUCUCUGAACAGUGAGAUUCCAGGAGAAGAGCCGUCUCCAGCAGAAGGGCCUGGCAGCAGCAUCCGAGGCAGGGAGCAGCAACCUGAUGGGCAAUGCACUGUAACAGAGGUCUAGAUCUGACAGUUCCCACUUCUAAAAGGAACAAAUGUUAACACUUGCGACAUUAAGGGCAACUGAGGAAUGUAGAAUUUCUCAACCAGAAUUGCACUCAAUUAAAGCUAAAACUAACUUUUAAUUGCUUUACUUCAUUUUGGCACGACUGCCAUUUUUGUGAUUUGUAGAUUUCUUUUAAAGUAGGAAUUGCACGAUAUUUAUUGUGGUAGCAUUAACUUUAUUUUCAUUGCUUUAAAAUAUCUUAGUGUUAAAUUUCAGAAUGACUCACCCUUUGUGCAUGAUAUAAAAUGUGAAAUCUGAACUCCUUGCAAGCACCAAUUGUGCUGAAGGCUUUUCAUUCUCCCUGGUAUUGUACCGAUGCCUUUUGUGAUUUUUUUUUUAAUUUAAAUUACAUCCAUGUAGAAUUAUCUGGUUCUGUCAGGCAAGUGUGUGAAUAGAUCUUUUGCUUUGCAUAGCCAAAUUAAGAAUCAUUGUUUUCCUUUUCUCCCUUUUUUCUAUUAAUUUAGUGAGAAAGUACAUCACCCUAUCGUAUCGUUGUAAUUGAGGCUGGUAAUAGCUGUACAAGUAACAUUGCCUACAUAGUUGACAUUCAGUGAAGUGUUAGACGAGCAGAAACAAUUAGUUGACUUCAAACUUACAUUAUUCUGACUAUAGCAAUGGUCGAAAUAAAGCUUAAACAUUUUGUUAAAAGUUGUCGUCACAUUGGUUCUCUGCAUUGCAAACCAAUUUUAUACAAAAACGAACUUCUGACAGUGAGUUUAGCAACAAUGAAUAACAUGACCUCUGUUCAACAAACAGAGGUAAUUUAGCUUGGUGUCAGCUUUUCCCUUGCAACUACCCUUGAGCAAAGAUCAGUUUUUGCAAUUUGUGACUGCUCGGACUUCCCAAUUUUUGUUACAAAGCUUUAAAAUGGUUAAAUAGUCACUGUUUUACUUAAAAUGCAAAUACUAAACUUAUGUCUUUGGGCUAAAGUUUUUUUUUUGCAAAUGAUAUAUUCUCCAUCCUGCAGUCUGACAUAAAUUGAUAAUUUGAUAUGUUUUGUGUUUUGCUUUGAAAGUGUAACAAUGAAUGUCAUGAAUGAUUCCAUAUUUAUGUCAAUCUGUAAUAGUCCUCAAGAGGUACCUUCUUAAAGCAGCAGCAAUGCUGAGUUGUUAGUAAGGUAUUCUUUAUUUAUUAAAAUUACCUUCCACUGGAGCUUCCCAGUGGUGCAAUUGGUGAAUGUUGGGGGUGUGGCGAGGAGAUGUGAGAUGGUGCUUUUGGCCACACCAGCAUAACAGUCUUCAGGUGGAACAAAAAAUUGUCAUACCAAGUCUUUCUGUAUAUACUAUGAGUGCAACUAACUUAACUUCUAGACUAGUAAUGCACCACAAAUUGGGGAUUUAGAUUCAGUUAAUUAAGUAAACCAGCAGGAAAAGACUACCAUUGAUAAAUUUAUCAAGAAGCUGUUGUAAGAAGGGAUCUGGUUCAUUGAUGCCUUCGAGGCAAGGAAAUCUGCCAUCUUUACCUGGUCUAUGUGCUUCCUGACCCACAAUAAUGUGACUGAGUGCCCUCUGCACGUAACUCAAUGGUAUCCAAACUACAGUGAUACAGCAGUUCAAGAAAGUGGUUCAGCAGUGCUUUCCUGAGGGCAGUUAGCGAUGAGGCAACAAAUACUGGCCCCAUCAGUGGCCAUAUUGUAUGAAUAAAUUUUAAAAAUAAUUGGAUUGAAGUUUUUACCUGCAUUUUUGAAUUGCCAUUGGCACAUCCUAUCCCAUUUUAAGCUAAACAGAAGUGAUGUUGGAUUCUAAUUUUGUACUUCCCAGUUUCAAACUGUAAUUAAAAAUUUGAACAAAACUCCUCCGAAACAGUGGAAGAACUGCAGAUGCUGUAAAUCAGGAACACAAACAGAAAUUGCUGGAAAAGCUCAGUAGAUCUGGCAGCAUCUGUGAAGGAAAAAAAAUCAGAGUUAACGUUUCACGUCUGGUGACCCUACCUCAGAACUUCCCCAGUUCCGAGGAAGGAUCACCGGACCCAAAAUGUUAACCCUGACUUUUUUUCUUCACGGAUGCUGCCAGACCUGCUGAGCUUUUCCAGCAAUUUCUGAUUUUGUUUCUCCUAAACAGCAUCGUAUUUAAAAAAAGGUACAAUGCCAUGAAAACUGUCUCUGUACCAAUAUCAUUGCUGAAGAAACACAUGCAGACUUUAAAGUCAGGUGGCAAACUUACAGAAGAACUUAAACAUUAACAUCAAUUGGAGUAAAGAUUAUCUUUUCAAAUUAA